AUGUCGACUAAACCUCACCCAAAAGAACCAAGGCCGGAGCUAGAACGCCGACAAUCUCUAGAUAUACCUGGAGCCGACGAAGCGUCCAGUAUCAUAGGCGAUGUUUCUAGUCGCAUAGAAGAGGCUACUACACAAGUAGAAGACGACGUUGUUUCACAGUCACCAUCACAAACAUCAACUGUUGAGGAGACAACGAGUUCCACGGAGCAGCCUUCACUUCCUUUGACUACCAUCUUCACACCAAGUAAAGAUUGCACAGGAGAUGAUGCCUUCAAAUCAAGGACAGUAGGCAGCUAUGUUUACUGCCAGUUAGAGGACGGCGCAGACAGAUCGACAUGCUACCCAUCCAGUUAUUCGGAGUACCAGUACGACACGAUGAAAUACUACUCUCCAGGCGUGUGUCCCCUUUCAUACGUUUACUUGUUAACCUUUAAAUCGGGUCUUGGCAAUUCGCCUACCACAACCUACGCUACAUGCUGUCCAUCCGGUAUGACAGAAUUGGCAAACAAUUGGUCCUGCCAGAAAUCGCUCACGACACACGUUACAAUUACCAAUGUUACCGAUUCCCAAACCACCGUUUAUUCUACGACCUACUGGGCGAAUCCCAUUUUCGUCGCAUGGCAGGAGUCCGAUCUCUCUCGCUUUUACCCUCAAUCUGAAGCACGUGCGGCUCUCCAAAGCGCCGGGGUGACGUUCCCAACAAACACAGAAUCUGGCAGCUCGACUUCCGAAACAGAAAGUGGAAACACUCAAUAUGAGGAUUCAGAAAGCGGAGGUGGCGGCUUGAGCACUGGUGCUAUCGCAGGAAUCGGUGUUGGUGCUGGAAUUAUAGGGAUUAUGAUUAUAGUAGCCAUCUGGUGGUUUCUGAGGAGAUAUAAAGUGAGUCGGAGGACCAGCAAUGUUGAUGAGAGAGAGCAGCCGUGGGAGCAGCAGAUUUAUGAAGCUCCGGACACCAGAAAAGAUUUCCAGCACAUCCAUGAAGCCCCGAACGACAUAAAAGCUUCCCAGCAGAUCUACGAAGCUCCAGACACCACAAAAGACCCCUAUCAGAUACACGAAGCUCCGGACACCACCACCAAAUCUCCAGAUAAGCUUCACGACGUACCAAAGUAUGAGCUCCAGGGUUGA